AUGAAGGGGAGAGAAAAUUGGAAAUAUUGAAAAAGAAGGAGAAAGAAAGUAAAUCGGAUUGUGAAAUGGCGGUUAGUGCGCGACGGUGUCAAUGGCGAUGGCGUCGAGUGAGGUGCGCGGAAAUAAUUGUUGUUGUUUUGUGCGUGGAAGCGAUAUUUUUGCUUUCGUGCAACGCACAGAAACCGAUAAACCUCGGGGGUGUUAAACGUCGCGAUGUUUAUAUCGCCGGAUUUUUCCCUUACGGUAGACACGUGCCGGAAAGUCACGUGGGACGUGGCGUUAUGCCUUCGGUUAAACUAGCCGUCGAUCAUAUCAACGAAAAUCCAACGAUACUGAGGAACUACAGACUACAUAUGUGGUGGAACGAUACUGAGUGCAACGCUGCGGUCGGCGUCAAGGCGUUCUUCGACAUGAUGCACAGUGGACCUCACAAGGUGAUGCUGUUCGGAGCGGCGUGCACACAAGUGACGGACCCCAUUGCCAAGGCCUCUAAACACUGGCGACUCACGCAGCUGAGCUAUGCGGAUACACAUCCGAUGUUCACGCAGGACAGUUUUCCCAACUUCUUCAGGGUGGUGCCGUCGGAAAAUGCGUUCAACGCGCCACGGGUGGCGCUGCUUCAGCAUUUCAACUGGACGAGAGUCGGCACCAUUUAUCAAAACGAGCCAAGAUACGCCCUGGCUCACAACAGGCUGGUCGCUGAUCUGGACGCUAACAGAAUGGAAGUUGUAGAAACGCAGAGUUUCGCUACUGAGGUUUCAUCGGCUCUGGCGAAACUCAAGGAAAAAGACGUGCGCAUUAUUUUGGGAAACUUUGACGAAGUCUGGGCGAGGAGGAUAUUCUGCGAAGCUCACAAGUUCGGGAUGUACGGCAGGAAAUAUCAAUGGGUCAUAAUGGGCACCUAUGCCGAAGAGUGGUGGCUCAGACCGGGCGGAGGGUGCGCACCCUCCGAGCUUGCGGAAGCUCUACACGCCGCCAUUUUGACCGAUCUUCUUCCUCUCUCGACGGAACAGCAAAUCACCGUAUCCGGCAUUACUCCGGACGAAUACAGGGUGGAAUACGACUUGCGUCGUGGUGCGGAGUACUCGAGGUUCCACGGAUACACCUACGAUGGAAUAUGGGCCGUUGCCUUGGCCAUACAGCACGUGGCACGACGGAUACGGCACUUUCGGCGCAAUCAGACAGUCGCGGACUUCAAGUACCGCGAUCAGCUCUGGGAGAUGCUGUUUCUUGACGCCCUGAAGAACACCAGCUUUGAAGGCGUCACGGGUCCGGUUAGAUUCUACGGAAAUGAGAGGAAGGCGUACAUCCUCAUGAAACAGUUUCAAACCGCCGUCGUUCCAGGUGGCAGCGAGGUCAAGGUUGGGGAAUAUAACGGGGUCACAGGUGAACUGGAUCUCACGAGGGGCCAGCCCUUGGAGUGGCGAGGCAAGUCACCACCGAAGGACAGAACACUGCAUAUUAUCGAGCACUCGAUGGUGAACAUAACGAUUUACGCCGUGCUGGCGGCAGCUGCCAGCGUCGGAAUUGUCAUGGCGGCCAUUUUCCUUGCCAUUAAUAUCAGAUACAGAAACCAAAGGUACAUAAAAAUGUCUUCGCCACAUCUGAAUAAUCUGAUAAUCAUCGGAUGCAUGCUGACGUACAGCAGCGUGAUAUUUCUCGGUUUGGACUCUCAGUUGUCCUCAGUGACGGCAUUUCCGAUUAUUUGUACGGCGAGGGCGGGCCUUUUGAUGGCUGGAUUUUCCCUCGCCUUUGGCUCGAUGUUCUCAAAGACGUGGCGAGUACAUUCGAUAUUCACGGAUGUGAAGUUGAACAAAAAGGUGAUUAAGGACUAUCAACUCUUCAUCGUCGUCGGCGUUUUGCUUAUUCUCGACUUGGCAAUCAUGACGACGUGGCAAAUAGCCGAUCCCUUUUACAGAGAAACUAAACACAUGGAGCCAUACCCUCAUCCUUCCAGUGAAGAUAUCAUCAUCAUUCCCGAAAACGAGUACUGCCAAAGCAACAGAAUGACGAUCUACCUCUGCAGUAUAUACGUCUACAAGGGUCUUCUUUUGAUAUUCGGGGCUUUCCUUGCCUGGGAAACUCGGCACGUCAGCAUCCCGGCGUUAAACGACAGUAAAUACGUUGGUAUGAGUGUCUACAACGUUGUUAUAAUGUGCGUCACUGGAGCGGCGAUAAGUUUCGUCCUUGCCGACAAACAGGACGCCAUGUUUAUAAUCCUCGCCGUUUUCAUCAUCUUCUGCAGCACGACGACUCUCUGCCUCGUCUUCGUGCCGAAGCUGAUAGAGUUGCGCAGAAAUCCGCAAGGGUCUAUUGACAAGAAAUUUAGGCCAACGUUGAGACCGACGUCGAAAACUAGAAGGGACUCGUCGGUGACGGAGCUCGAGGAAAGAUUGAAAGAAGCCAAAUCCACGAAUCAAAAAUUCAGGAAACAAUUACUGGAAAAGGAAUCAGAACUGCAGAUGUUCGUUCGAAGGCUGGGUAAUAACGGCGUACCCGAUACACAAGAAGUAAUGGACAGGUUGACAGUCCCAAGGCCAGAGUCAAUUGUUAAAAAAGAAGAGCUCACUGUGCAGGGGCAUGGAGCAAAUGAUUACAAAGGUCCAUCAGUCGCAACAGAGACGACGGACAUUUCCAUGUCCAUGUGCAGUCUUAAUUCGACCACCGUGUCCCAACCUGAAGGGGAAUACGCCAAUUUACCCGGUGGAGACACAAAUUCUGCGAGGAAAAAGACGUCCUUCUCCAAACUGCCGACGAUUGCUAUCGACAGCGAGAGGAUCCCCCUCAUAUCGUCGACCACAUCAGCGACAGUUUUACACUCGGCGAUGAAACAGCCAAGCGAUUCAACUCUACGCCGCAAGAGUCGUUCGAGCGAGUGUAGAGAGAGCGAACCACUGCUCCAAAAAAGUCAGGACCCAAAGCCGGAAGCGGGCGCCGACUUCGUCCCGGAAGUCGCUGACGAGGGGGAGAGGGUCGUCCUCGAGGAAACGGACAUCCCUAGGAACGGUAGGCCACCCAGGAUCAAGGAAAUCAUCGAGGAGGCGAGGCCCAGACUCCCGACGCCGCCACCCGCGUCGAAAAACGUUUCCUUCGGCGAACCGCAGGAGCAGAAUUACCUCGAGCAGGCGAUCCUUCCACCCCCUUCGCAGUUCGUCCCGAAACAAACGAGACAAGCGGGUUCUGUUACCGCGUCGUCUCAUCAGUCGUCGUUGCGUCGGCGAGCCUCGGUGAAAAAUAACGGAAUCGGGCAUCACCACGAGCUUUUUGAAAAGCGACGAACGAGCGUCCCGGCGAACUCUAUCAGCUACAUAUCGACGGAGAAUAUACGGUGCGCCGACGUUAGGACGAUAGAAGAAAGCCUCGAGGGGCAGUUCAACAAGGCCUACAUAAUCGGGGGUUGCGGCCAUCUUCGGCCGAUUGGUGGCGCUGCUGGACUCAGGUGCGAACGACAUGGCGGCCGAGGCCACAGCCAUGCCGUCCUGAACGGUGGCGCCCUCGACACGCCGACGCCCAGAAGACACCGGAAGCUUUGCGACAGCCACAACGCAAGCUCGCCGAAUGUCCCCACCACCGUAAACGCAAGCUCUUCCGACACGGAAAAGUACGAAGAGUCGCUGUCGAACAUAAUCCAGCGUUCGGUGUCGGAGAAGUCUCGGGAGAAGUGCGUCCGUACCCGAGGGCUUCCAAAUCCAGGGCUCGGGGAAUGUCCGCACCGAGGACCUCGUCGACUGCGGGAGUGCCAGCACGCGGAAUCGAAGCUUCGGCAGCAGGCGAAAAUGGACUACGUCCAAAGCACGCCGAACGUCGCGACGAUACACAACAACAAGUUCGCAAGCGGAAACAGAGGCUCGACGGCCAACGUCUCGAAGAUGUACAGUGCGGUGUCUGCCGGCGAGUUGUUGGACGUUGCGAUAUUGCCAAUUUUCCAAAAACUCCUCAGCGAACGGCACAAAAACACAACGCGUGGCGGUUACGGUGCGAGCUGUCCAAAUAUAUCGAUAAAGUGCGACAUAGUGGAGUAUCUUUAAUAAACGGAGAGUACCUAUAAUUCAAUUAAUCCGAUUAACUAACGUUUAUGAACAAUCAUAGUGUCGAUUACCUACAGAAGUGUUAAUCGAUCGUAGGAUCUCGUUUCCUGGCGAUUGACAACGAGGUUAACAAAUUUUUUUUUUUCCAUUAUACCCUAUAUCUUCAAGUCAAUUCAAACCUCGUUCGGAACUGGUAAGUCUUGUCAGUUUUUACACGUUUAAACAGUUUUUAGAAGAUGUCAAAUUCUACUCUGCUGGUAAGGGUAAGGUAAAGGGGGCUGAAUGGUGGGUGGAAAUUGCAGUGUUCUUUUAUGCCGAUUCGAUUUAACAUUAGGAUCCCAUGAGACGGGUCGGUAAGCACAGAAAAAUAGAAUUAUCCCUGGACCCAAUCGGAUUCACCAAGCCGGAGGAAAUAUUAGCCUGGGACUGAAGAACGUCUUCAUACAUCUUCAGUCAACGCUUGCACUACCGUUUAAACCUUUGUUCUUUCUUGUUUUAAUUCAUUCAAAUUUCGCCCGACCUCGUCGAAACCCGUCAUGAGCUUUUAAAAGAGAUAGUUAAGGUAGUGCAGCCGUAAAAUUCUUAUCUAUACAAAAAAUUCACGUUUCGGAGUAUCAAAAUUGAAGAGUUUUGAACACCGCGUACGAGUCGUUUUG